CCCUUCGCCCAAGUCUCACGGUUGCCCUGGGCAACAGCUGAGCCGUCGGGGAAAGAGGUGCAUCAGUGAGUAGGCCCAAAGGCACGAAGGUGACCAGACAUCCCGUGUUAGACGAGUUAGUUCCCCUUCCGGACGGCCUGCCCGGGUUGGGAAGAGAGAAAGAUCGGGAUGAGUGUAGACUGUCCUGAUCCUGCAUGUCUGAAGUUUCUUAAGCAAGUUAACGCUUGCGAAUAUUCAUAAAAAUGCCGUCUCAACUUUUAUAUGGCUGUUUACGAGAGUUGUCACACAUUAUGUCAUGAAGUUCCUUCUGUAGGCUUGAAUCACGAACUGUCAGUUAUCUUGGUAAUACCCAGGUUGGAAGCCUAAAGCUGCUGCGGAAACACCUGGAGAACUUUCAGGAAAAACUGUGUCCAAGAAUUCAGACAUGGCAGAAGUGAAGUCAAUGUUCCGGGAAGUUCUUCCAAAACAAGGGCAGUUGUCUGUGGAAGAUGUAACCACGAUGGUGCUAUGUAAACCCAAACUCUUGCCCUUAAAAUCUCUGACUCUGGAAAAAUUGGAGAAAAUGCAGCAAAUAGCACAGAAUACAAUUCGUCAACAAGAAAUGGCAGAAAAGGAACAACAAACAACCCAUUGAAUGAUGAUGACAGCACUUCUACAAAACACCCUAUCUUACUUACUGUAGUUUAAAACAAUCUUUAUUUUAAUCUGUGUACUGAACAUGUUAAUAAAGUUGAUAGUAUUCAUAUAAUACAAAAAUACCAGACAAGUAAAAAUGGUA